UGUGGGGAGGUUUGCUGGGCCCGUGGGGCGGUCGCUGAGGGGCGCCGCGAGGAGGAGGACGAGGAGGCGGCCUGCCCGCUGCCCAGCCGCGUCCGGUCCCGCGGCGCUAGCGGUGGUGGCAGGCGGGCUUGGCCGCGCAGCGAAGCUUCUCCGGCGGUGGCAGCGCCGCCGAGGGCACAUCUCGUGAGGUGCGGGGGCUCCUCGGCCUGCGCCAGCGUGUGGUGGCUGGGCCCCGCGGCAGCCCCGCGCCGCCGGCCCACGGCCCUCAGUCACGGCUCUGCUUGAGGGCCCAAGGUCUUCGCCAUUGGCUUCUUCCAGUCGCGCGGGCUUUAUAGGGGCUGCUAAAUCUUACCUGGUUAUUCUUGCGUCUGUCUGCGGAGCAACAGCUGACGUCUGCAGAGGUGGACAACUGAUGGAAUAUUCCACUAGGAAGAAUAAAACUGUUCUUAAGCGGUAGUUUGCUCAGAUUGGAACGAGAUCCAUAUAAGAAAGCUCUCAACCAACAGUGACUGGGAACACUUGAGAACUUCUGAAUGAUUGAUUGAGGCCUUGAGGGGAAAACAUUAAGACUUUACAUUUCGCAGUCAGUUCUGUUAAGCAAUUAUGGAAACAGAGAAGGAGCACAUUUAUGUUACCCCAACAGAACUUGAGAAUCUAAGUGAUGCUCCGUUUUCCGGUGAUGAAGAAAAUGGUGGGUCUGAGGAACGAAAAACUGAAAUCAAUGGAAAUUGGAUUCCUGCAACUUCCAUUACUGAAGCCAAAAUAAAUGCUAAAGCAAAGAGACGGUUGAGGAAAAAUUCUUCUAGAGAUUCUGGGAGAGGAGACUCCGUUAGUGAAAAUGGAGAGACGCUGAAGAUCGGAGUUGUUGUACCAACGAGCCCAAAAGGGAAACUACUGGACAGGCGAUCCCGAUCUGGAAAGGGAAGGGGUCUACCAAAGAAAGGUGGAGCAGGUGGUAAAGGAGUCUGGGGAACACCAGGUCAAGUGUAUGAUGUGGAAGAAGUAGAUAUUAAGGAUCCUAAUUAUGAUGAUGAUCAGGAGAAUUGCGUCUAUGAAACAGUAGUUUUGCCUCUGGAUGAAAGAGCAUUUGAAAAAACUUUAACACCAAUCAUACAAGAAUAUUUUGAACAUGGAGAUACUAACGAAGUUUCGGAGAUGCUGAAGGACUUAAACCUUGGUGAAAUGAAAUACAGCGUGCCAGUGCUGGCUGUUUCCUUGGCAUUAGAGGGGAAGGCUAGUCACAGGGAAAUGACAUCUAAGCUUAUCUCUGACCUUUGUGGGACAGUAGUAAGCAAAACCGAUGUGGAAAAAUCAUUUGAUAGACUGCUUAAAGAACUACCUGAAUUGGUGUUGGAUUCUCCCAAGGCACCACAGUUGGUGGGCCAGUUUAUUGCUAGAGCUGUUGGAGAUGGGAUUCUAAGCAGUACUUACAUAGAUGGCUACAAAGGCACCGUGGAUUGCGUCCAAGCUCGAGCUGCGCUGGACCGAGCUACUGUGUUGCUGAGCAUGACAAAGGGUGGAAAGCGUAUAGACAAUGUGUGGGGGUCAGGAGGUGGCCAGCAGUCUGUGAAACACCUUGUUAAAGAGAUUGAUAUGUUGCUGAAGGAGUAUUUGCUUUCUGGAGAUAUACUGGAAGCUGAACGUUGCCUUCAGGAACUGGAAGUGCCCCAUUUUCACCAUGAACUUGUAUAUGAAGCUGUUGUGAUGGUUUUGGAAUCAACUGGAGAAAAGACCUUUAAAAUGAUACUGGAUUUGUUGAAAUCUCUCUGGACGUCUUCUGUCAUUACCAUGGACCAAAUGAAAAGAGGCUAUGAACGAGUUUACCGUGAAAUCCCAGACAUUAACCUGGAUGUGCCACACUCUUAUUCUGUGCUCGAGCGGUUUGUAGAGGAAUGCUUUCAGGCUGGAAUAAUCUCCAAACCCCUGAGAGACCUCUGUCCUUCAAGGGGUCGAAAGCGUUUUGUGAGUGAAGGAGAUGGAGGUCGUCUUAAGCUAGAAAGCUACUGAAUGUGAGAACCAACUCCUGAAGCCUUAAAAGUUUAAAGGGAAAGUAGAUAUCUAUAUAUAUACAAACACGCAUGCUUUUUUGGUGUGUGUAUGUAUAUAUGUAUACACAUAUAUAAUAUACCAAAAUUUUAAGAGUUGCUUAGCACAGUUCAUAUUUUUUUUUAAAAGCACAUGUUUUGGGUACAAAUCAUUUUUUUUAAAUAGUUUUAUAAAUUUCAGAAAGAAAACUUCUUUCUUUGGGUAUAUAGUAGAACAACUGGCCACUCUGCUGUGGGGGUGCCUUCAAAUAAGCUAUUUUUUCAAGUGCCAUAUGUUUAUGACCUAAUCAUUCCUUGUUUGCAUCAAUGUCUGACUGCCACUCUUUCUUUAAAGGACAGUGUUGUCAUCAUAAAAUCACUGGUUUACACAAAGCUUUAUAGAAGGGCCAAGUUAAGCUGCUGAGAUCCCAUUUCCAUUGCUGCUGGAGAAAUACUGUGCUUUGGGAGAAAAUAUAGUUGUUUCUUUGUUUUAAAGAGCCCAAGAAAAUGGGAGUUGGGUCGUAAGAUUAAUUCAUCUGUUUCAGGGGAAAACACUGGUUGGUUUUAGCCCCUGUGUACCAAACUCGUCUUUUUUUUUUUUUUUUGUAUGUAACUGGAAAAGUGAAAAGUUCUGGUAAAACAUAUUAAAAAUAUUUUUUCUGAA